AUGUGUUUGCCAAAAUCAGCAGGUGGAUUACAUAUCACCAACUUGAAGACGUGGAAUAGAGCUGCAAUUACCAAAGUUUGCUGGGAGUUAGAACAUAAACAAGACAGAUUGUGGGUGAGGUGGAUACACUCAUAUUAUAUCAAAGGGCAGAGCUCGGCUACUAUUCCUAUUCCCCAACAAGCUAGUUGGAUGGUGAGGAAAGUGAUUGAAGCAAGAGGGAAUCUGAAUCAAGCACAAGCAUUUGCUGCUGGAAACAACAACAUGAGGCAUAUCUACAUCAACAUGCUUGGUGUCUACCCAAAGAUGACAUGGAAACAUUUGAUAUGUAGCAAUGAUGCAAGACCAAAGGCAAUUUUUACAUUAAGGGUUCAACUUCAUGGACACUUGAAUACUGCUGAGAGGCUUAUUAGUUGGGGAAUGAUGGUGGAUUCAAUUUGUACCUUGUGCCAGACACAUCAUGAAACAAAGGAGCAUUUAUUUGUUGAUUGUGUCUUUGGCAAGAGUCUAUGGGCAAGGCUUAUGCAGUGGUUGAAAUGGGUCACGCGGCCUGCACACUCCUGGCCACAGAGGCCACACUGGAUUCUGAAACAGACAGGGGAAAUCAGCUCGCGCUCAGGUCCUGAAAAUGAUAUAUACAGAAUGGACACAUGCCGUUUGGACUGA